AUGCAGGCCUCAACCUCUGAAGCUGAAGAUACCAUAAGCAAAAUUACCGUGAAUACCGAUGCAAAAAAGAGCAAAUACAACGUCACCAAAGGCAAAGAGAAUUUCUUGUGGACAGAUACCAAAGUUGAGCUACUACUUUCAAUCACACAGGAGUACAAAACACGGAAAACUAACGAAGGAGUUUAUUGGGACAGUUGCAAAAACAAGUACAGUGAAUUAAACGAAAUGUUUGUGGAGAAGUUGAUGCUUGUUGAUCAAACCGAAGGCGAGUAUCCACAUGAAGUAGUUGAGUUUCAACAAAAUCCUGCUAGACUUUCUUGUAAAAUCAAACAAUUGAGAAAUAAAUAUGCAACUGCUGUGAGAGCUGGGAAGAAAAGUGGUGGGGGUAGACAAGUUUUCAAGUUCUACGACCUCUGUCAGGAUGUUUUGGGGGGGAAUGCUGCAGCCGAGCAAAUACCUGGAGGUAUUGAAACUAAUCAUCAUGGUCCUGAACCUAUCAGUGGCACAAUGGUAAACCAAGAAAAUGUUGAACCAAGCCAACAGGAAAACACCAUACUUGAUUCCGACGAGAAUUGCUCUGGAGAUGAAUUAUUUGUUCCAGCAAAAGCACAGCCAACCAAACGCCGUCACCUUAUCACUGACUUAAGAAGUCAAAAAUUGAAAAAGAAAAUCACCACAGACCAGCAAAUGAUUAAUAUAGCCCAUAAAGAGCUUGUCCUACAAGAAAAAAUGAUAAGCAAGAUAAGUGAAGGUGAAAUUCAGCAGGCCAAGGCAAUAAAAUCACUUUCUGAAUCUGUUAAUUCAAUUGGUCAUAGUUUAUCUGAGGGAUUCUGUAGUAUUGCUGCUGUGAUGGGUCGGUCGCAUGGAGCUGUCAGUUACAACCAUUGUCCAAUGUCACCAGGAUUCCAUGUCGCUCGUCAAAAUAACCCCAAAUUGUUUAACCCAUCUAUGCCUAUUGACAAUGAGGAUUUUCUUUAA